AUGUCACAAACUGGGCAUGUUGCCCGCGAGUGCUAUUCUAAAAGUACUUCGAAGGGAGCGAAGCUAAAGGGAUGCUUCCAGUGCGGUGAACAGGGACAUUUCAAGAGGGAUUGUCCUAAUUCAAAGGGUCAAAAUGCCAGGGGUAGAGCGUUCGAGCUAAACGCUGGAAAGGCACGUGACGAAAAUCCUUCUGUUGUUACCGGUACAUUUUUUAUCAAUGACCAUUCUACGUUCGUACUCUUUGAUACUGGGGCUGACUUGAGUUUUGUUUCAAAAAACUUUGAACCAUUUCUGUGUUCUCCAACAAGUAAGCUAAGUAAAAAGUACUCGAUAGAACUAGCAAAUGGUAAAUUGAUAGAGACUAGUGAAGUCGUUCGUGGUUGUAGUAUUCGAUUAGACAAUCAUUGUUUUAGUAUCGGCUUAUUGCCAGUGGAGCUGGGUAGUUUUGAUGUAGUUGUGGGGAUGGAUUGGCUAUCCAAGAAUAAAGCUGAGAUUAUUUGCUCGGAGAAGCAAGUGAGCAUACCUCGUCCUGGUGGUGGUGAAGCUAUAGUUAUUCACGGAGACCAAUCGAGUCAAGUGUCGAGUAUUGUUAGUAUUAUGAAGAUGAUUAAGAUGUUGCGUAAGGGUUAUCCUGCAUUCUUAGUUAACAUAGUGGAUACGAAGGCUGAAGGUAGGAAGAUCGAAGAGAUUCCUAUAGUUCGCGACUAUCCAGAAGUUUUCCCUGAAGACUUACCUGGAUUGCCCCCUGCGAGAUAG